UUUUCUGUUAAAUUGGAAAAAUAACUACUGAUUUUGUAUAUUGGAUAUGGGUAUCUUAAUAUUUUUUUGCUUAAUUUUUUCACCCAUUCAUGGACUAAAUUUGACUCCAAUAGUUAAUUUGACUAGUGGUCCCAUCCAAGGUAAAGUUACUGAAUAUGAAUCGAUUGGUGUCUACCAGUUUCUCGGUAUUCCUUAUGCAAAGCCUCCCGUUGACAAAUUAAGAUUACAGUUAGCAGUUAAACCAGACCCAUGGACUGAGAUUAAAUCAGUGACUGAUCCAGGUCCAGCUUGUCUUCAACCAGACAGUGGUCUAUUAAGAACCAGUGAAGACUGUCUCUAUCUCAAUAUUUAUGUAACUGAAUCAACUUUUAAUAGCUCAUCAGUCAAACAACGAUCAGUGCUUUUCUGGAUUCAUGGCGGUGGACUUACAACAGGAUCUGGAGUUAUCGGAGGACUUCCAAUGGUUUCAUUACAUGAUGUUGUACUCGUCUCUAUAAAUUAUCGUCUCAAUGCAUUUGGUUUUAUCAACUUUGCAGCUGAGGAACCUAAAAUUCCUUCAAACAUUGGUUUGAAGGAUCAGCUAUUUGCUUUGAAAUGGGUCCAUGAAAACAUUGAAAAGUUUGGCGGUGAUCCAAAUAGUGUAACAAUUUUCGGUCAAUCUGGUGGAUCAGUAGCAGUCUCUGCUCAUGUAUUGUCUCCACUUUCAAAAGGACUUUUCAAAAGAGCUAUUCUUGAAUCAGGAACAGUUUAUCGGUAUCACAAUGUUGAUACCUUGAUAUCAGAUUCUUGGAAACUCUACAACAAAACAUCAUGCUCAAAAUCGAAAGAUAUUCUUGAAUGUAUGCAGAAUUUGCCAGCAACCGAAAUUUUGCAUAAUAUAAAUAGUAAGCCAAUGGCAUAUACCUUCGCAGUGGGUGACGAUUUCCUGCCUUACGAACCAUCCAAAGCUUUUGCAGAAGGACUAUUUGAUAAUUCGAUUGACAUUCUGUUGGGCGUUGAAAAAAACGACGGUUCGUUGUACACGGGGGCUAUUGAUCCCAUAGCCUUUGAUAUCUCAGUGACACCUAAGCCAAUAUCUUAUCAAGAUGCUAAAAUCUACUUGAGUCGCAUUUUUGAUUCUAAAUCAGUUGACUAUUUCCAUGAACUCUACUUUGGUUCUGAAACUAACAACUCAGAUUUCAGGUCUCGACUUGAAAAAGCUUACAGCGACGCCACAUUCAUUUGUCCAACUUAUGUGUUUGGACUUCAAUAUGCUUCUAGUUUAGGUACACAGGGUGGUAAAGUGUAUGCUUAUUAUCACACUCAAAGGCCAAUAUCUGACCCUUGGAAUUUUCCUGAAUGGAUAGGAACUUAUCAUGGAGCUGAUCUUGCUUAUGUUUUCGGUGAACAUCUAUUAAAUCCUAAUUGUUCACAAAAAGAUGCGUUAUUAACUCAUGAAAUGAUGAAAAUCUGGACUUAUUUUGCUGAGAAUGGUGAGACUCCGAUGAUUGGUGAAACUAGAUGGAAAACAUUGCAAGAAAACAAGUCGGCGAUGAUACUGAAUAUUGAUGAUUGGGGAAAGACUGAAACGGAAAGAGUUGAAUUCUGCCACAAAGAAUGGCCUUAUAUGUACCCAAAUAUUAUAAUAGGAUUUCAAUCGAGACCAAAUAUAACAUUCGCAAUUGAAGAUGAUUCACAUUGAAUCCGUUUAUUUGCUCAAGUUGAUGGCAUUGGUGGUAAUAUUUAUGCAUGAAAAACACUUAUUUUAUUGUAUUCACUAAAAGAACUCUCGAGUGUAAAAGUUGAACGAUGUCUAUGAUACAUGGCCUGUAUAAGCAUCAAUGAACAGAACCCCGAAAAUGACAAAAAAAUUAAAACAAAUAUCGGUAUCAAUUCAA